AUGGAGACUUUGGAGGAAACUGGCCUCUGCUUUCCACAACUCCUCAACAGCUCCUGCAGGAAGCCAAUACGUCCUCACUUUGAGACCAUGCUGAUUUACAUUCUGCUGUCCUUCAUCGCUCUGCUCACUGCAGCUCUUAACCUGCUGGUCAUCAUCUCUGUCUCCCACUUCAAGCAGCUCCAUACCCCCACCAACCUCCUCCUCCUCUCUCUGGCUGUCUCAGAUUUCUUCGUGGGCCUCCUCAUGUUUUUUCAAAUUGUUCUCAUAGACGGCUGCUGGUUCUUUGGUGACCUCAUGUGUACUCUGUAUCAGUAUCUAGCAUAUGUUAUAACCUCUGCCUCAGUAGGAACCAUGGUGCUCAUAUCUAUUGACCGCUAUGUAGCUAUUUGUCAUCCUUUACAUUUUGCCACCAAUGUCACUCAAAAAAGAGUUCAAGUCUGUGUUUAUCUGUGUUGGAUGUUUUCUGCUCUUUUUCAUAGUCUGCUGCUGAAAGGUAUCCUGAAACAACCAGGCAGGUAUAACUCCUGCAUUGGAGAGUGUGUGAUUAUAAUUGAUCAUGUUGCAGGAUUUGUUGAUCUCUUUUUGACCUUUAUAGGUCCUGUCACCAUCAUUGUGGUUCUGUAUAUGAGAGUAUUUGUGGUAGCUGUGUCUCAGGCUCGUGCCAUGCGGUCUCACAUUGCAGCUGUCACCCUCCAGAAGUCAAGGAAAGUAGCCGCUAACAAAUCUGAGUUGAAAGCAGCCACGACUCUUGGUGUUGUUGUAGUUGUGUUUCUAAUGUGUGUAUGCCCAUAUUAUUGUGUUGCUCUUACAGGCCAGGACACCAUGUUCAGUGCUUCAUUUGCUUACUUUGUCAUUUGUCUGUCCUAUUUUAACUCCUGUCUAAACCCCCUGAUCUACACCUUUUUCUAUCCAUGGUUUAGAAAAUCUGUUAGAGUCAUUGUUACACUUCAAAUACUGAAGCCAGGCUCCUGUAAGAUUGAGAUACUGUAG